AUGUCUGACAAAAUAAAGAUUAAAUUUCAGCAAACCAUACAUGCUCUUGAUGUCUUAGCUUAUAAUCAAAGAUUAUUGAGAGAUAAUCUCAGUGAAGAUGAUCUUUUGGUGUGGGUGAAACGCUAUGUAGAUCAAAGGAAACUUGUCAAGCAACUUGAAAAUCAAUUGAAAUGUGUUGUAUCGAAAACGAAAUCACAGAGUCAGCAAAUUCAUGAUCAACGGAAACGACGUUUAGACUCGUCACAUCGUGCGAUGCGAUUGCAUAAAACUCUCGGAGAAAUCUAUGAUCUGGUCAAUUAUCGUGGACAGCAUACAUCACCUAUUGAUCAAUUGCAUUAUAUAAAAAAAUUAUGUGAAGAUAAGCUAAGAGAAGAUAAAUCAUUCAUAUCUGAUGAAGACGAUGAUGACGACGAUGAAAUCGAUAGUCAUAAUUGUACAAUUGAUGACGAUGAUCAAAACGGAAGUCUAAUCGUGCAUCCACGUGUGGUUCUUUCUCAGACAUCAACAAAAAACAAUCUAUUGCAUCACACCAAUGAGAGAAUUUCUCAAGAGACAAUUGUUCCAAUAAAGCGUUCUCGUCAAGAUGAGAAACAAGAAUUCGUAACUAAAACUAUUAUUGAUUGUUAUAACACAACUCGACCAUUUACGAUCACAACGGAUAUUAAAGUUAUUGAUAACUCAUCAACAAUGAAUAGUACGAAAACAGAAUCAACGUCAUCGAUUGAACAGACUUUACCAUUGAACAUCACCACACCAUCGAAAUUGCCUACGAUAGUAUCGCAUCGAUUUGUUUCGAAGAAAAUUUUCAAACCUGAAAGUUGUUUUGUGUGUCUCAAACGUAUUAAUUUCGGUUCUUUAUCAUAUCGUUGCUCAUAUUGUUCACAAUCAAGUCAUGCUGAUUGCAAAACUCAUGCAGAUACAAAUUGUAAGAGUGCGCCUAAUAAAGUCACGCUACCUCCAUACUCACCCAAAACACCUCUCAUUCCAACGUUGAAAAGCGCUCAUCAUCAACGAAUGGUUAGUUCAGAACCACGAAAGACCAUACUUUCUUCAUCUCAUACAUCCACCAUUCAACGACGUUUACCCUUCGAACGCAUAAUGUUAUUGAAAUAA